GGACAAACUAACAUUACCCGUGUAUUGAGUCACAACUCUUUCUCGUGAAGAGGGAGUUCUGUAUUAUGUAGAAACUCCAGAUUACAGCAUCAGAAAGCAAUCGAUUUAUUUACAAAGAUUCGAGAAGGAGAAUAAUGAAGCGAAUCACUCUCAAUCUCGGGAUUAGUAUUCGGAUGUUGCAUUGUGGUUAUAAAUUAAUGAAAACUAAAGAUGUCAUGAGUUGUUCAAAUUGGCAAAAUGAAGCAAGGUAUAGUCAUCAAGUAAACUGAGUCACUCACUAAUGCAACAUACCGCUGUUCGUAUUCAACCGGAUGAGCUAGUUAUUCAUUAUCAGUUAAAGACCAGACUGAGACCGAAUUGAGUCAAAUAUUAGAUUUUAAUAUAAAAACAUUUGUCGGGACUUAUUCACGAAUUUCGAAUUAACUAAUUGAAGGUUGCAGAUGGUUCAAUUUUGAAAUAUUUUGCUUUGGAAGUACGCUUUUCAUUCUAUCGCCGUUUGAUAUCCGACUUUCUAAGAAAGUUUAAGAUUUGGACUUUUUCUUCAUUAGAUUCAUAAUACAUAUUAGUACUAAAGCAAUUCAAACAAAUCAUAAUGGUGAAACAUAGUCCUUACCCAGAUCUUGUUAUUCCGGAAGUUCCCGUUCAUGAAUACAUUUUGAAACAGAUUGCGGCUUAUGGUGACGACAUCGCUCUGAUUGACAACACCAAGGGAGAAACUUUAACUUUUAACCAAGUGAGCGAGCACGUUCGAAAACUAGCAAGUGCACUAAACAAACUUGGAAUCAAAAAAGGAGAUAUUGUGGCAAUAUGUUCAUCCAAUUGCAUUGAAUAUAUUGUUGUCAUGCUCGCUGUUUCAGCGUGCGGUGGAAUAACAACAACUUGCAACCCAUUAUAUUCAGAAACCGAAAUACUUCAGCAACUCAAGCUCUCAAAUCCAAACGCAGCAUUUUGUGAUCUAGACGUCUACAAACGCCUAAAAAGUGUAAAGAAAUAUCUUUCAACGCUCAAGAACGUGUUCACAUUCGAAGAAACACCAGAAAUCACUUCGUACGCCAAGCUAGUGAGAACCGACGACGGACAAGGCUAUCCUUUCGUUCAGUUUGACCCGAGAAAUGAUGUAUUUCUCCUUCCUUACUCAAGCGGAACGACGGGACUACCGAAGGGUGUCGUCGUGUCACAUUAUUAUACAAUGGCUCAAACAGUGAUCAAUUCUGUAUCAUUUUAUCAAUCGCGAAGUUCUUGUCAAUAUAUCGUGAUUCCUAUGUUUCACGUAUUCGGCUAUUCUAUGGCAUUACACACGAUUUCUCGGGGAUCGAAACUUGUCGUAGAUAAAAGAUUUCAUCUUGAAACAAUGUUGGAAGCUGUUCAACGACACCAGGUUACUCACGUAUGUACCGUGCCACCAAUUAUGAUUGCACUUGCUUCAACACAUCUACAUACCAAAUACAACACCUCAUCUUUAAAAAGAAUGCUUACUGGGGCUGCUCCUUGUGCCCCGUCUCUUAUUAGAACUGUACAAGAUAAAUAUAAUUUAUUGAUAACUCCAGGUUAUGGUAUGACUGAGAUGGUGCCUAUUACGUUAGCAGAUCCAUUAGUCUCUAGAUCGGAUUCGGUUGGAACAAUCGUGCCAAACACCGAAAUUAUGGUAAUUGAUCCAGAAACGGGAAAGGAGCUCAACGCUGGGGAAGACGGAGAGAUUUUGGCCAGAGGACCCCAAAUGAUGAGCGGGUACUUGGGAAAUACCCAGGCGACUAAACGUACUAUAAAUGCGGAUGGAUGGAUACAUACAGGUGAUCUUGGGCAUUAUGAUGAAGACGGCAUGCUGUACGUUGUUGAUCGUUUGAAAGAAUUAAUAAAAUAUAAAGGAUUCCAGGUGGCACCAGCUGAAUUGGAAUCAGUGUUACUGACCCAUCCUGAUAUUAAAGAUGCUGCUGUAAUAGGUAUUCCAGAUGUAUUAGCUGGAGAACUCCCAAAGGCAUUUGUCGUCAGAAAAAGCCCGUCGUUGACCGAAGAGGCUGUUAUAAAAUUUGUUGAGCGAGAUUUGGUUCACUACAAGCGACUGAGAGGUGGGGUGCAAUUUGUCGAGACGAUACCGCAGUCAGCAAGUGGAAAGAUACUUCGAAGGGAACUAAGAAAAAUGUCUAUUGGAAAGUCACAUUUGUAAUCAAUCGCAGUAGCCGACGAUUUUCUCGAGAGUUAUAUUGUCUCCAAUGAAAAUACCUCGUCCCUCCACCCUUAGCCUAAAGUUAUCUAGGAAUUCGAACACUAUGUAUUCACUACUGUUUAUGGCGAACCAUAUCGUAAUCCGUCUGUACUCACUUAUAUAAUUAGUUUAUGGCCUUUGCGCUAUUGUGAAACCUAAGUCACGAAGAACACUUAUGCUCGCAAAUAUGAUAAAAUUGUACACUUUCCCCGACAUUUUGGUUGCAAUUUUGCCUAAUAUAACAGUAUUUUCUCUCCUUCCUGUUUGGCAUACAGCGCCUGUUAAAAAUGAUUUACAUGCAUUGUAUAUUUUAUUGAUGUACAGUAAAUUGUUAAUUCGCAACAAGGCGCAGUUUUGCCAAUCGUUUUUCAUGUCUAAAAUACGUUCAGAAUAAAAAUUCAACAAAAUGCACCUGUAUAGACACUCUGUAUAAUACUUUUUAAUAAAACAGAAUUUAGAAGAAUAGAACUUGAGUUGAAUCGAAUUGGCUUUAGCAUAUACCUCCGAUUGACAUUUUUAUGUCGUCAUCAAUAUAUGCACAAGGUGCAGACAAAGUUUAUAAUAAAUUUGUUUACAUCGUAUUUUAAUUGUCUUUUAAACUACACGGCUUUAAAAUAUAUCGCUGGUUGUUAUUGCAGUUAAAUUGAAAAUCUAUGUUUAUACCUGAAAUACAAUCGAAUACGAUCAUACA